UCGACAACGGAUCCCGACGCGCGGGAUGGCGCCGACGCGUCCGAAUGAAGCCAGUGGACCGUCGAUCACAAAGGUCCAAGUGCGACCCAGCAUGCCAACGACGUCGUCGCCCACGAUGGCUGGGACGAAGCAGGCAACUCCACCGAAACUGGGGGCGCUGGUUCGAUCGAACAGCGUCAAGGAAAUGAUGGCCCGCGCUGCCAAGUCCAAGAUGAUGCAUGCAAAGCUAGAAGCGAGACUCGGGGGAACAAAGCGGCACGUAAAAUACAACGACCUCCAGGCCCGGUCACUCGGGUGCCUCACACAGCAAAACCCGAUCAGGCGGUUCUGCGUCAACAUCAUCAAGUCGCCUUGGUUCGACCGAUUUAUUGUGCUCAUGGUGCUGGCCAACACGCUCAUCUUGAGCCUCGUCGAUUACUCCGAGCCGUGGGAGUCCGGUCCGAACCCAACCAAACUCGGCAACAUUAUCGUUGCUCGAGCGAACGACAUCGCGCUUUUGAUAUUCAGUGCAGAAGCAGUCGUCAAAAUUAUUGCGUUGGGCGUGACAGGUCCGUACUCGUACUCGCUCGACAACUGGAACAAACUCGACGCCAUCGUCGUCCUGACCGGGCUGGCCUCCAAAAUCCUCGAGUCGCUCGAGCGUGACUCGGUUGUGGGCCUAACGCAACUGCGAAUGUUGCGCAUUCUACGACCGCUUCGUACGCUGCACUCGCUUCCAGGAUUGAAAGUUCUCGCCAACAGCGUUCUGUCCAGUUUGCCCGCCCUGUUCAACGUGACCAUUCUCCUCGGGUUUAGUUACCUCGUGUUUGCAAUCCUGGGCAUGGACAUUUGGGCCGGGUCGUACCACGGCCGAUGUCGGCUGACCGAAUUCCCCGUGCAGCUCAACUUUAAUGCGUCCGCCGCCCCGAUAAACUUUACCUACCCAAACCAGACGUGGAUCGACACAGUCGUAAAGGAUCCUGCCGUCUAUCGGUGCGUCGAUAUGGCCAACGACUCGCCCGACUGGACGCCGCAAAACUGCUUCUGGCCCCUCGAUCCCGCCGACACGGUGGGGCUAUACUGCGGGAGUCGCGAGUGCAGCCCCGGAACAUUCUGCGGGUCCAACUACGACGUCAACGGCCAGCCGCGAUUCCUCGACAUCUUCGUCAACACAACGACACCGUCGACAGCGCCGGCAUUCUCCAUCAUGACCGAGCCCGACUUUACGCCAAACCUGAAUUUUGGCUUGACGAGCUUUGACAACGUUGGAAGCGCCAUGAUCAUCAUCCUACAAGUUGUCACGGCGUCGGGGUGGAUGGUGAUAACUCAAAAUACGCAAGACUGCCUGUCGUCCGUCCUGGGCGGCAUCUACUUUAACUUGGCUCUCUUCAUCGGGAUGUGCUUCCUCUUGCAGCUCAACAUGGCCGUCGUGUACUUUGAGUACCAAAAAGCCAAGGAAAUGCAAGAGCUUGUUCGACUCGGUUCGAUCCCACCCGCGUUUCGGCGACAGGCCACGAUGAUCACGCGGAAAGAAUCCAUCGACAACUUUUUCAAAACGCAAAAGUUCACCGAGGCCAAGACGCUCCGCCGCGAAAACUCGACCCAUGCCAUCGGUCGGACCGCAAUCUCGCUACGAAAGGUCUUACUCAGCAUUGCACUGUCCAAGUGGUUUCAAACCAUGGCAACGUGCGUCACAGCCGUGAACGUUCUGCUGCUGUGCUCCGACCAUUAUCCAUCCGAGCCGUCGUUCGACCACUGGAGCGAAGUGCUCAAUGCCGUUUGUCUCGCGUACUUUAUUUUUGAAAUGACGGUGAAACUUGUGGCGGGCGGGGCGAGGUCGUACCUCGGGGACAAGUUCAACCUGUUCGACUUGCUCACGAUCGUGGCCGGCAUUGUGGAAUUCUUCAUCGAUCCGCCGCGCUUCAUCGACGGGACGCCCGGCAACACGUCACCGAUCGCGACGUUCCGGCUCAUUCGCGCGCUAAAGUUUGUUCGGUCGUGGAAGAGCUUGAAUCGGCUCAUGGUGGCCAUCAUGGACGCGAUGAGCGAGAUUCUCAACUUUCUCUUCUUCCUCUUCAUGUUUAUUUACAUUUACGCGCUGCUGGGGAUGGAGCUGUUUGCGACUAAAUUUCAUUUUGACGGCGACAGCCGCCCGCUCCCGUUCAACAACACGAACCCGACAGCAACGCUGCGCCGCACCAACUUUGACUCGAUUCGCCAGGCUGUCAUGGCCGUGUUCCAAGUUAUCACGUACGACGAGUGGCCGUCCGUCAUGUACGACGGAUGGCUGAGCACGGGAGCCAUCGCCCCCGUGUACUUUAUCAGCAUCGUCGUGUUUGGCGUGUGGAUUAUCAUGAGUAUGUUUUGCGCCAUCAUGGUGGACUCUGUCAUGGAAGGAGUCGGCGAUGUCAACGACGAUGAUGCGCGCAGUCUUGUCCCGUCGUUGGCUGUGAUUCGCCUCAAACGAGCCAUGCGGAUGGUGCUGGCCAUAACGAAAUUCCGGCGUAAUGCAAUUGUGCCCACCAGUGUCCGCGCUUCCGUUAAGAAACUCCACACGAGCAGAAGUUUGGGUUUGUUUUCGUACACGAAUCCCAUUCGCAAGGCGUGCGUGGCCGCGAUCGUUCACCCGCUCUGGAACAAGGCCAUGUUUGGCAGCAUUGGAGUGUCGUGCAUUUUUACAGCGAUCGAUUCGCCGCUCCAAGACACAGCGGUGGGUGUUGGCUUGCUCGUUGAAAUUGCCAACAAAUUGUUUGCCGUGUUGUUUGCGUUUGAAAUGGUCGUGACGGUGGUGGCGCUCGGGUUGGUUGUCGGACGCCGCACGUACCUGCGCGACCCGUGGCGCGUGCUCGAUUUCUUCAUCGUGAUCGUGUCGCUUCUCUCGUGGGCGAUUGGAAAUGACGCAGGUGGGGCACUCAGCGGUCUUCGAUCGCUGCGAAGUUUGCGCGCGCUGCGACCUCUCCGCGUCAUCAACAAGCUGCCCCAGCUCAAGGUUGUCGUCAACACGCUCUUUCAGUGCCUCCCCGACAUUGGCCGGUCUCUGGUCUUCUUCUUCUUCAUGCAGCUCUUGUUUGCCGUGCCCGGGGUCAUUUUCUUCAAGGGUUCGCUCAACACAUGCUCGAUCAGUCCAUAUCAGUAUCUCGACCACCCAACGUUCUCGCCCCCUCCGCCAUGGUUUCCGUCCAACUACUCGGGGAAUUACACGAUGGCGGAGCUGCAAGUGGUCGACAUCAUGACGUUCCCCACCAACUGGUCUCUCCUCGACCCGUCGAUCCAGGCGCUCCUGGCGUCGACAUGCAACAUGACGGAAGCGUCGCUUGCGGAGCAGCAAUUUGUCCCGACGUCCAAGCAAAUUUGCACGUGCUUUAGCCCGCAAACGUCGUGGAGCCCCCUCGUGCCGCAACGCUUCGACAACAUUGCCGAGUCCAUGAUGUCAUUCUUCGAACUCACGACAUUUGAAGGAUGGACGAACGUUGCGAACGCGUGCAUUGAUGCGACUGGGCCGGACACCCAGCCGCUGGCAAACCACCAGCCUUGGUUCAUGCUGUACUGGAUCGUGUUCAUGAUAGUUGGCGCGUUCUUCGUCACCAACAUGUUCAUUGCAGUGUUGUGCGACGCGUUCAUGCGGGAAAAGUACGGGGUCAUGGUCACGGACGAGCAGAUCGACUGGGUCAAAGACCAGCGCAAGGUUUUGUCGCUGUCGAUCACGGUGCACUACGACCCGCCGUCGUCGCGGUGGCGCCGGUGGUGCUUCUAUCUUGUUCGUCACAAGAAGUUCGAGUACGCCAUCAUUUCGUGCAUCUUGCUCAACAUGGCCGGCAUGACGGUGACGUAUUCGAGCCAGCCAGUGUGGAUGGCGCAAGCUCUGUCUCUCCUCAGCCGCGUCUGCCUGGUCGUGUUUGCCGCCGAAGCUGCGUUGAAGGUCGCGGCGUACGGUCCGUUGUACUUUGGCCAGGGAUCGAAUCGAUUUGACUUUGCCGUCGUGCUGCUCACGACUGUGUCCGAGUUGCUCCCCCAAAACAGUUCCGUGUCCGCCGGCGCCACCGUCUUUCGUAUCUUUCGCGUCGGCCGCGCCCUGCGCUUGAUCAACAAGGCCAAGCUGAUGCGGUCGCUAUUCAACACGGUCGUCGUGUCGCUUCCGUCCGUUGGCAACGUGAUGGGGCUCCUCAUGCUGCUCUAUUACAUCUUUGCCGCGCUAGGGGUUCAAUUGUUUGCCAAACUCAACGACGGCCCGGAAAUGGUAAACUCGCACCAGAACUUCCAAACGUUCUGGACGGCGUUCCAGAUGCUGAUCGGGUUCUCGACGGGUGAAAACUGGGACACGUUCAUGUGGGAAGCGUACAAUGUCGGGUGCCCCAACAGCGGCUGCGCGUCGUGGUUGAUCGUGCCGUAUUUCUACGCGUUCACGUUGAUUGUGGGGUACAUUGGGCUCAACUUGUUUUCAGGUACGGACGUCUGUCUGCCCAGAUUUCGUAUCGUCCGUAUUCGAUUAGCCAUCAUUGUGGACGCCAUCGGAGACGACGGAAAGUCACCCAUCACACCGGAGGCACUGGAAGCAUUCGCAGCCAAGUGGGCCGAGUUCGACCGCCUCGCGACCGGAUUUAUCAGAAUCCCGGAGCUGGUCGUGAUGCUGGGGCAGCUGCCGCCUCCGUUCGGGUUCAAGUGUGUUCCUGGCUUCACGCCGCGUCGCAUUCAAAAGGCAAUCGGGGACCUUCGCAUUCCCGUGUACGACCGAAUAUGGGUUCAUUUCAAGGACGUGCCGCGAGCGCUUGUGCAGCGGGUGUUGAGCCAGGGGAGCAAAAGCCGUUUUGAGGAGAUCACAGAGCUGGUCCAGCGGCUUGGCAUCGACAACGAAUUCGACUUGAUUUGGAAGCGAACGCACAAGAAAGCCGAAGUACUGGCCCUCGCAGGGCGAGAGAAGACACCGGUGAAGCUUGUCGUGGCAAGUCGCAUCAUCAUCACGUUCUUGAGGAAAGUGAACCACCACCGAGAACGCCGCCGACGGCGGUCGACCGUGAUCGAAACCAUCGCGUUGGAGUCGUGAUGUCUUGAUUCUAUGUUUCAAUUGGCUGUAAACAAUGGAAUUGUGGUGUAUUGACCCAAUGCAUGAUCACAUUUAGGGAGUUUUCCGUAUUUUUAAC